AAGCAGUGAUUUGGUUAAGUAGAUCUUUGUGAUUUGGAAAGGAGUGCAGCUAGAAGUUGCUUCUGAUGUGGAGGCAGUUGUAUCCCUGCUUUGUGGAAGUUUGGAAGGGUUUAAGACGGGUAGAAUGGCCUUUCGGCCUAACCUUGCUUUUGGGAAAGCCUGUUUAAGGAGGUUGCCUAGCAAGGUGUAUCACAGACCUGCCUGUUGAUAUGUGGUAUUGUGAUUCUGAGUCUUUGCAAACUGGGGACACAUGUACUUGAUAGGAAUGGUUCAAGACCAAACUGACUUGAUGUAAACAUGGAGAUGAUGAGGUGCAGUGGGCAGAGUUGCCAAAAGAAAAGAGAACUUGGAAAAUAAGAAAUUAGUUGAAAACUGAAGUGGAGCGGGGUAAUAUUUAAAAUAGAACAGACCUAAAUUAUUGCGGUGAUAACUAGCAUUGUUUAGCAAUCUAUAAUCUUUGCCAAAUCUUUGCCUCAUUUAAUCCUCACAACUCUCUAAGGUAUCAUCCCUUUGUUACCACUCAGAGCCUAACACAGAGCUGGAGACACAGUAGGUACUUAAGAGUCUUUAGAGGAUUGUCCUCUGGAUGAAGAUGAAGAUGCAUUUCAGGGCUUGGGAGAAGAAGAUGAAGAGAUUGAUCAAUUCAAUGAUGAUACAUUUGGGUCAGGUGCCGUUGAUGAUGAUUGGCAGGAAGCACAUGAGCGCCUGGCUGAAUUGGAAGAGAAGCUGCCAGCAGUUAAUGAACAAACAGGCAAUGGAGAAAGGGAUGAGAUGGACUUGUUGGGUGACCAUGAGGAGAAUCUGGCAGAAAGGCUCAGUAAGAUGGUGAUUGAAAAUGAGCUAGAAGAUCCAGCUAUCAUGAGGGCAGUGCAGACCAGGCCAGUUCUGCAACCCCAACCAGGAAGUCUCAAUUCCAGCAUCUGGGAUGGAUCUGAAGUUCUGAGACGAAUCCGAGGGCCACUGAUUGCUCAGGAAAUGCCUACGGUGUCUGUAUUAGAAUAUGCCCUGCCUCAGAGGCCCCCACAGGGUCCAGAAGAUGAUCGAGACCUUUCUGAGCGUGCAUUACCACGGCGGUCAACUUCACCUAUCAUUGGGAGUCCUCCUGUUAGAGCUGUCCCCAUAGGCACCCCACCUAAGCAGAUGGCUGUACCCAGCUUCAACCAACAGAUCCUGUGUCCGAAGCCUGUCCAUGUCCGACCCCCGAUGCCACCGCGUUAUCCUGCUCCCUAUGGUGAGAGAGUGUCUCCAAACCAGCUCUGCAGUGUCCCGAAUUCUUCCCUACUCGGUCACCCUUUUCCUCCUAGUGUUCCUCCUGUUCUCAGCCCUCUCCAGAGAGCACAGCUUCUUGGAGGAGCACAGCUACCGCCUGGACGGAUGUCUCCCAGCCAGUUUGCACGGGUCCCUGGAUUUGUUGGUAGUCCGCUUGCUGCCAUGAAUCCCAAGUUGCUGCAAGGGCGAGUAGGGCAGGUGCUUCCCCCAGCACCCGGCUUCCGUGCCUUCUUUAGUGCUGCGCCCCCUGCCGCUCCGCCGCCUCCGCCCCAGCACUCCCCUGGCCCAGGGCCGCACCUGCAAAACCUAAGAUCUCAGGCCCCAAUGUUUAGACCAGACACAACUCACCUCCAUCCACAGCACCGUCGGCUCUUGCAUCAGAGACAGCAGCAGAACAGAAAUCAGCAUCGCAGUCUCAAUGGCGCCGGAGACAGAGGGAGUCACCGGAGCAGUCAGGACCAUCUCCGCAAGGACCCCUAUGCCAACCUCAUGCUGCAGCGAGAGAAGGAUUGGGUCUCUAAAAUCCAGAUGAUGCAGCUGCAGAGCACUGAUCCCUACCUGGACGAUUUCUAUUACCAGAAUUACUUUGAAAAACUGGAGAAACUGUCAGCUGCUGAAGAAGUACAAGGCGAAGGCCCGAAAAAGGAGCGCACCAAGCUCAUUACCCCUCAGGUGGCCAAACUGGAGCACGCCUAUAAGCCAGUGCAGUUCGAGGGCUCUUUGGGAAAGCUUACUGUCUCUAGUGUGAAUAACCCCCGAAAAAUGAUCGAUGCCGUGGUGACAUCGCGGAGUGAGGAUGAUGAGACAAAAGAAAAGCAGGUUCGGGACAAGAGACGAAAAACCCUUGUCAUCAUUGAAAAAACGUAUAGUUUACUCCUGGAUGUGGAGGAUUAUGAAAGGCGGUAUCUCCUAAGUCUAGAAGAAGAGCGACCUGCCCUGGCGGAUGAAAGAAAGCACAAAAUUUGUAGCAUGUAUGACAACUUAAGGGGGAAAUUGCCUGGACAAGAGAGGCCAAGUGAUGACCACUUUGUACAGAUCAUGUGUAUCCGAAAAGGGAAGAGAAUGGUUGCCCGUAUUCUUCCUUUCCUCUCCACAGAGCAAGCAGCUGACAUUCUCAUGACAACAGCCAGGAAUCUCCCUUUUCUUAUCAAGAAGGAUGCACAAGAUGAGGUGAUCCCCCAUGUGGGACUUCUUUCCUUUGGGUCUUCAUAGUUGAUAAGGUUUCUAGAAUCCAAAUUUCUUAUCUUCCCCUCUUCCUAUUUCUGUUGUUUUGUCUAACCUUCAGUAGUAGGAUUUGAUUAUUUAAAGCAAAAGUCUACUCCAGGACUAUACUUUUAAUCCCAUUUUUGGUCCAACAGACCAAGUUCCUAAACUGAGGAAUGCAAUAAUCGCAUCGUAUUUGACAUAGUCAUGAAGCUGUGUUGUGUAUCAGAAUUUCUUGGGCAGCAGAUAAUUCAGCCCUACUCCAAACAUGUUGAAUCAGAAUUUACAGAGGAAAGGCCAGGGCUUCUGUAUCUCUAACAGAAUCCAGCUGAAUCUGACGCUCACGAAAAUUUACAAACAUAUGGUCUUGGUUACUUUGCUGGAUAUAAAGUAUCACGCACUGGGCUGUUGUCAGGAGCUUAACAUUCAGCUGCAGACUCCGUUGAUUGGUGUCACAGAGGAAUCAAGCCAGUGCCCGCUGUGCUCGUAAAUAACGUUUAUCAUGAUGUAAACUAGGCUGGACUUAGCAACCUGAUUUUCAAGUUUAUAAGUAAACUUUUGGUAAGACCUGCUCUCUACUUAUCCUAACACUUGAAAAAUUAGCACUAUUUAGAAUCAUUUUAGAAGUUCAGAGCAAGAAAUUGUUAAGGGUAGGGCAGUUAUUACUAAGUAUGAGGUUCAGAAUGUUAGAACUUAUGAGAGUAAGCCUCUCACAUUAGAUGAUGCUUGAUCAAUAACCAGCUGGUGAUGAUCCACAGAAAACAUGAUGCCAGGAUACCUUGUUAAGUGGUAUGGCAUGAAAGAGUUGAAAAUUAACUCCUUCUGAAAUCAUAAUGAGUUGAAAAAGUCCUUAAAAUUGUAGCACGUGCAGAAGAAAUUAAUGCAAAGUUGAGGCGUUAUCAUCAGGAAAAGUGAAGUGGGAUGAGACAAAUACAUUUUUUAAAGAUUUUAAGAAGGAAAAAUGGGUUGGAGGAAAGUUUAAGGAGUUGAGGUUUAUCCUAGAAAACGGAAGCCAGACAAAAAGCAGCAACUCCCUUACAGCAUAUAGAUUAUUGUAGGCCAUGGGGUGGACACUCACAGUCCUAGAGGAACUCAUCAGUGGAAACAAGUUUGGGAGAGCUUUAUUCAUUCAGUAAAUAUUUAUUUAUUCAGUAAAUAUUUAUUAAAUAUUUAUUACACGUCUACGUACCAGGCACUAUUUUAGGUCUUAGAAAUACAUCGCACAGAGCUAGGAACUAGGAAUUCAGAGAUGCUUGCCUUAGUGGAGGUGUCUGCUAGUGAGGAAAAUUUGGUUAAUUAUAGGGGCAGAGUUUAUACCUCCUUGUGUUAAAGAGUAAUAGACCACAUCUCUGAAUACCAUUUCUUGAAGCAAUAACUAGUUGCAGGUCUGAGGCAUAAAAUAUACAAGGUAAUCGUGGACUAUCUUGUGCCAGAAAGUAAGGAAGCUAAAAGAUUACUAGGGUGUCCCACGUGAAAGAUGCACAGACAAAGCUGAAGGGGCUCCUGUUGGCCAAAAAUGGGAUAAUUUGCAUCAGAAAGAAAAAUUACAGAAGUGGAUUGAAAUAUAUCAAAUAUUUUUAAUUUAAUGAGUUCACAGUGAUACCAAAAAAUAUAUUAAUCACCUUCCGAGAUUGCUAGGCCAUCAACUCAUAAUUACUCUGAAAAUGGGUAAAUAAGGAAAAGACUCAAAACAUUUUUCCUGCCUUUUUAUUACAACCAAAUAUCAUGGUAACCAGAAAGUUGAUAAUAGAAAGUUCUUCCUAGAAGAAUUUCAGCUAAGGGGCGCCUGGGUGGCUCAG